AGAUGAUAUCCGCGGAUGACAACAUCCCAUAUCCAGUAUGAUUUCCAUGGCAUACCGUUCCACUUUCCAAAUACGCAGUAUAUCGUCCCAGAGGUCGCUCACCUCCGUUCUCAGCUUUCGCAUGUUGCAUUAUCUCUACACGUGAUACAUGACGUGUACCCUUCGCCCUAUUCUCUCGGUUAGGUGCAGAUUUUUGUGUCAACCGCUUUGCCUUGUGACUGCUGAUUUGAAAAUGUCCAGUGAAAAAAAAACAUUUGUUAGAAGGCAUUUGGGUGCAAAACAUCACUACACCCCCAGCAGUCAAUCAAUUAGAACAACUGGAAUAACAAUGUCAGGACCAAAAACAUAUCAAAACAAUGCCAAAACUUUCGAAAAUCACCAAAGAAGACAAGUGCAUGCAUAUGAUUGUGUUGAUGUCUUAAUGGAGGAAUCAGAGGCCCAUCGAAUCAAGCGUAAUGAAACAAGAAUCAGACACAGGCUCAGUUCCUUAAGGAAAUGGGAAUAUACAAAACUUGGUACUGAGCUUCAAAAACAAAAAAUCAAGCAGCCUCCCCAUUCUCUUAAAUUUACUGUGCUGUCUUAUAAUGUGUUGGCACAACACCUCUUGGAAGAGCAUAUUUACCUAUACAGGAAUGUUGAGACAGAGGCACUUAAUUGGGAUAAACGUGCUGAAAGAAUACUGAGAGAAGUAACAAACACCUAUGCUGACAUUCUAUGUCUCCAAGAAGUUCAGUCAGAUCACUAUGAUACAUUUUAUGUUCCAAGACUCACAGCCAUGGGAUUCAAAGGAGUGUAUAAGAAACGCACCGGGAACAAACGUGACGGUUGCGCCAUAUUUUUCCGUCAUUCGAAAUUCGAAUUGAAGAAAAGCAUUCCGGUGGAGUAUUGCAAACCAAAUGUGGAAAUUCUUGACCGUGACAAUAUUGGUUUAAUAGCGCUACUUACCCCACGCGUGUUACAGUCGAAGCACGUUUCCGAUGAAGACUUGCCUUUCAUUGUAGUGGCUACAACCCAUCUUCUUUACAAUCCUAGACGGCACGAUAUCAAGCUUGCACAAUUACAAUUACUCUUCGCAGAAUUAGAUCGAAUCGCCUCCGAUUCACGGAAACCAAACUCUGAGAAGACUAACUGCGCAUCUUAUCAUCCUACUAUCCUGACCGGAGAUUUUAAUUUGACACCGGAUACCAGCAUCUACCAGUUCAUCACGCAGGGUUCUCUACUGUACAAAGGCUUGAGUAGACGACAAUUAACUCUUGACGCUCGAGGCCAUACGCUUGAAAAUGAACUCAUACCGCCACACCUCAACAUCACAGAUCAAUGUCAACAUCUCAAUUCUACUGGAGAACGCACUCUACAGGAGAACUUCACGAUUGCGAAAUCAGAGCUGUCUAAGGCCGAGUGUUCUGUUUUACGCUUCGCAAGUGGUCAGCUGUCACAUCAGCUUCAGCUGCAGUCUGUUUAUCCACAUCGCACGAAUCGUUUUAACGGAGCUAAAGAGGCCACUACGUACCAAAACGAUUGGGUGACAGUUGACUACAUUUUCCACAACGGUCGUGAGUCCCUGAGACCGAAUCUGCAACUACUCAGUCGUUUGGGAUUGCUCACUGGAGAAGAAUUAGAUGCACUUGGUGGUAUACCUUCAUUGGCUUCACCUUCUGAUCAUUUACCAUUGGCUGCGCGCUUUAUCUGGAAUUAUAGAAAAGCAUAAAAUUUGUAGCAGCACAAUUUUGUGCAUUCCCUCAAUUAGGCAUGACAUUGAAAACGCGUUGUAAUGAAGAUUGUUAGUAAAGUACAGUUGUAUCUUGGUGUUACCUACUGAAAUGAGAUGCACUUAGCCGUUGUCCAUAUAAAUUUUGCCCGUCGAAAAAUUGGUAGGUAUAGCCCAGUUAAAAAUUUUACAACGUCGCUUAUAUUAAAAUUAUGUAGCAGUGUUAUGCCCAACACUUCAUCAGUUGCAUUGAACAUUUAU